GCCGUGAAGGCACCGUGCGGCCUGCUGUAAACUGCGCGCUGGCCGGCGGAUCCGCUUCCUGGACCGGGGCGGGCCUUGUCUGCGCCGCUGCUACAGGGACACCAAGAUGGAAAUCCAGGGGCUUUCUGAUGCCCAAAACAUUCACUCUCAACAUGGCGCCCUACACAGAACCAGUUCGCCUCCGCUUCGAUCGUCGUCAGGGUCGAGAAGCCGCUUUAACUCCGGCGAAAACGAAGCGGACGGACAACCGGAGGAGCCGGAGCCGCACAGUGACAACAACAACAACCGGCCCGGGCCGAGAACGGCUCCGUUUCUCCUACUGGCGGAAAAUGGCAGCGUGGCGGCGGCUCGUUCACCCGUCAGCAAACCGCAACAGUCGGACAAAAGCAACAAAGCGGACGAAAAAACCAGUGUCGGAGUCCGUGACGUGAACGCGGAGAAAGAAAACGAGCUGAAGGCGUUACUCGGUUCGCAGGAGUCGGUGAGAAGCUGGAGGUACGGAGCCGAAAGCGGAGGCUGUUCACUGCAAAUGGCGCUGCCGCUGUUCGAAGGGGAAGAGGAACCGAUGCAGCAGCAGCGGCAGCUAACGUUACCGCUAACAGCUUUACGGCAGAAGCGCGAGGACGGCGGCGGCGGCUCCAAACAGACCGAAACACCGGGCAGUUCCUCCGCCAACAGGACCAACAGGAACCAGCAGGAACUAUAUGUCGUCUUUAACGUUUCCGGAGAGGAUGGACCCGCCGAGGCUAGCCACCUCCGACCGGCUCCGACACGGAAGGACGGCGAUAAAAUGAAAGGUAGAAAAACACCGGACAGCUCCGACGGUAAACCCGGUCCGUGUCGGUCCAUGGAGGCCGGGAACGGCAGUAACGUUAUUCUGUGCGAAUCUACGGACGCGUUGAACUGUGUCGAAACCCAGGCCUUGAAAAUAACCGAGCACGCUUUCUUCGGUGUGGGCUCGAACCGACACACGGUGGAGGAUGUAGUUUUAACGAACAAAUAUGGCGAGAAGAUCUGUGGGCAGAUGUGUACCGAGAACAGUGACGGGAAAGCGGCCAGGGAGCUGCCGCCGCCUCAGGCCCGGGUGGACGAGAGCAGCAGCAGUGCCUUGAUUUCGGUGAACUACGGCAUCAUGGAAGCAGCUAUGGACACAGCGGACUUUAUCGCAGAGUCAGCCGGGCUGCAGGAGGGUGCGGGCCCGCUAACAGCCUCCUCCAGCCCCCCUGCCAGUGAGACCUUCUCCGGAACUAUCAUGAUCAACAACCAAAGCAUCAUAGUGACCAUAGAGAACGGGAUUCUGACUCUGGCUGCACCACCAGAGGGGUAUGUCCACAAAGAGGACGACAUGAUGAGCUUAAAGGAGCACUUAGGUAUGAAAGACCAUGAGGAUAUAGUUCUUCUGAAUUAUGACAGUGGAACCAAGUCCAUAGGGAAGAUCAGCACCCUGGCCGUGUCCAGCUCCAGCCAGCAGGAAGAGCCCAGACCUGGGUUAUCUGUGAGUGACUCUGAGCUGGCUCUGGUGGAUGACUGUUCUCUGUCGGAGCUGGGCACCUCUCUAGACUCCUGUCCCAUCAUUAAACAGGAGGCGGGGGCUCUGUGUGCGGUGACAGAGGCCGACCUGGUGACCCCGUCCCCCAAAGCUGCAGCCACAGACUGUGACAAUGAAGACUUCCAGGCCGUGCCUCUAAUCCGGUCCAAGAAGGAGACCGUGGCCUCCUUUAGUUGCCCAGAAGCGGGUUGCUCUUCCACGUUUGACACCAGGCAGAAGCUGAAGGUCCACCUCCUGAACCACGCCGAAGACCCCAGGCCCUACCAGUGUACGGUGGAGGGCUGCGCCUGGGCCUUCGCCACCUCUUACAAACUCAAGCGGCAUCUUCAGUCACAUGACAAACAGCGUCCGCACACCUGUCAGUUUGAAGGCUGCGGACGGCGUUUCACCACCGUGUACAACCUCAAAGCCCACGUCAAAGUCCACGAGCAGGACAACGCCUUCGUCUGCGAGAUCUGCAGCGAGAGGUUUCGAAGCGCGACGAGACUGGCCAAUCAUCAGAGGGUCCACUUUGAGCCUCAGAGGCCUCACAAGUGUGAAUUCCCAGGUUGUGAGAAGACCUUCAUCACCUUCAGUGCCCUGUUCUCCCACAACCGCACUCACUUCAGAGAAACGGGCCACUUCACCUGCACCUACCCCGGCUGCGAGAAGACCUACGACAAGGCCUGCCGCCUCAAGAUCCAUAUGAGGAGUCACACGGGUGAAAGACCAUUUGUGUGCGACUCCGAGGGCUGUGGCUGGUCCUUCACCAGUAUGUCCAAGCUGCUCCGACACAAACGGAAACAUGAUGACGAUCGCCGCUUCAUCUGUACAGAGGAGGGAUGUGGGAAGUCCUUUACUCGGGCCGAGCACCUCAAGGGUCACAGCAUCACUCACCUGGGCACGAAGCCCUUUCAGUGCCAUGCAGAAGGCUGUAAUGCCAAAUUCUCAGCCCGCAGCAGCCUCUACAUCCACUCCAAGAAGCAUAAGCAGGACGCCAGCACCCUGAGGACCCGCUGUCCAGUGGCCAACUGCUCCAAACACUUCUCAUCCCGCAGCAGCCUUAAGAGUCACAUGCUCAAACACCACCACCUCAGCCCUGAUGUCCUGAGCCAGAUGGAGACCACCCCCACCCUGACCCCAAGCAGCGAACUCAUCAGCUCCACCCCGACAACAGUUGCGGGGCCUGGUAUCGCAGGGGGGGACCAGCUGCCUAACUUGGACCUCAGCUCCCUCUUCUCCGGUGUCCCAGGAGGCACCACGCCCACCGCCGGCAUCGGGGUGGGGAUUCCUGUCGGGGGGAGCAGCUCUGCCGGUACCUUCACCAUGGACCUGUCUCUGGUCAGUUCAGGGAUCCUCACCAUCGACCCGUCCUCAGUGGGCACGGCACUCAGCACCGGCACCACUCUGGCCAAAGCCGUGGAUCCGCUCAUCCUGGCCGCCAGCGCCGACAUGGGCCCCCAUCAUGGUCUGGAGGGGACGGUGGGCGACGUGCUGCCCCCACAGGGGACCCUCAACCUGGACGACGUUCAGACAGUUACUCCAGAGGCUUUGGGGACGCUCACAGCUCUCACCAUGCAGGGUGCGGGGGCUACUGUGGACCCUACCCUCCAGCACCCACUCAGUUCCUCCACUGCCCUGAGCGUGGAGCCCACGGCGUCCCUGGCUGUGGCCCCUGUGGCCGAGCUCCUGGCCUCGCCCUCCAAAGUGGUGGAAGUGGGGAGCCAGGGGGGGGCGGGGCCUCUUCUGGGCUGUAUGGAAGUGCUAGGGCCCCAGGAGGGAGGAAAGGUUCUCACACAGUUUGUUUUCCCCGGUCACAGCAGCAGCUUCAGCCCACAGAAAGACCCGGAACUCAGCGCCGUGUCACCCAGCAGCUUCCUGGAGAGUGGGGGCUCUGCCAGGACCGACUACAGAGCCAUUCAACUGGCCAAGAAGAGGAAGCAGAGAGGCCCGUCAGCCUCCUCUGGGGCUUCAGGGUCAAGUCAGAGGAAAGCGAAAGGAGCGAAGGUGUCCUCGGCGGCCGCUCCGCUGGUGACUCCCACUGGUGCUCGUUACAGCGAAGGCCCCGCGGCAGCCAACGGGGGCCUGACGCUGCGUGACCCCAUCACUGGGGCCCAGUACGUCCAGAUCCAGCUGCUGCAGGACGACCCGGCCACUGACGGAGACCUGGCCUUCCAGCUCAGCUCUCAGCCUUCCACCUCCCACUCUCAGCUCACCGUGGAUCUGCCCGUCAACAUCCUACAGGAACCAUCAGUGAUGACCGAGGAUGACAACGGCUCAGACAACUCCCAGUUCACAGGAAGCACAAUUAACCUUCAGGACCUGGAGUGACGCCUCAGCUGUGUCUCCAUCCAGCGGUUCACAGACUUUGAAAGCCUUUUAGGACUUGUUAGUUUAUUGGGGGGGGGGGGGGUCCAGUGUGGACACGUUCCCACUGAAAAAGCACCUUGAGACGAGGACUCGUUUAUUCAGAAGAAGAAAUGCUCUUGUUUGUUUCCUGUUCGUACCAAAACGGCCGUUGCGAGGCCUCCUGUCAGCUGUGCGUGGUCGCUCCGUGUCCUCUGGGGUUCAAACGCACGCCGCUCGUCACCGCUCGUCCACAACGCGCUGUCCACACUCCAGUUGCCUUACGGACACAUCACGCCGUGCACUCCACCACUGGCGGGCUACCUGCUUUAUUUGUCGCAAUUAUGUUUUCUUACGCUUUGUUUAGAUUUAUUUUUUUAUGGCAGCAGAAAGAUGAUGUUGAAAACACGUCUGUCCAUGUGUUUAUAUAUGUAUGGGAUUUCUACCUUGUAAUAAUGUCAUCCGUUUAUUUAUUAUUUAGCUGUGGGUUUACAGAAUGGCAGAGCCAAACACAGACGAAUUAAAGAAUCAAAGCACAAUCACAGC